AUGGGGGCGCCUAAGCCCUGCUUCUGCCUCUGCCUCUGCCUCUCCAUUAUCAUCUUCUUCCUCCCUCUUGUUUCUUCAUCCCACCACCUCCCUGGAAACCCUGCCAACGAGAUCGUGGCGAUCAUUAACAAGAACCGAACAGCAGCAAAGCUGGGAGCGUUGAACGACAGCCCGGGUCUGGGGUGCAUGGCCUUGCAAUACGUGGAGCUAUGCAAGGAUAACUGCGCCGCCACCAAUGGGUCAGUUAACUGCAACCCACCGGAGGACGACUUCACUGAAGUUUUCGGCCCGAACUGUGGGGUAGAGCUGCCCACUUUCGGCACCAUAACUGGCCACAUUGUGGGUUGCAGCCAAUCCAAGAGGUACAUUGCUGAUCCUGAAGCAGCUUUCUCUGAGGUGCUAGUGAGGGACGGCAGGAGUUUGUCUGUGGUGAGAAACAGGUCGCACAAAGGGGUGGGAGUAGGCCUGUUUGGGGUUCAUAAGGGUCCUUUCUUUUGGUGCGUUCUGUUCGGCGAUGGAGAGACAAACUCCACCUUUAUGUUGGAGGAACGCGGGCAAGGGAUUAAGCAGAAGAAAGGAUGUUUCAGCGGCAGUGCUUUCGCUUGCAACAGCAGCAACCUCAUAAGAUCGCUUGGAUUGUGGCUGCUGUCUCUGCUGCUGUGCCUUGUUCUGCACAUUUUGCGUGGGUAG